UCGGGCUGCGCGUCGCAUGCAGCCUCCUGGCGCAGGUAACGCUGCGGUACCGCCUCUCCUGUCGGUCCAACCAACUUGGACAACAUGCCGCUCUCACACAAGACAAGUCACACCGCAGCAACUUUCUGACCGAGUCUGGAUUUAAAGGUUUUUUACCCGGAGCGUCACCCCACAACAACAACACACACACACACACACACACAAACUCCACACCAGGGUCCACGCUGAAUCCUGACUCGUGAGAUGCGAACUCACCUGAUACCUGGUGUCUAGGGGGGUUUUGGAGAAGCGUGACUUUUUAAAUAUUCUUCUUUUUUAGUUAUUAUUUUUUUUCUUGGAGCACUUACUCUGGAUUUUAUUAAGAUGAACGUCCAGUGGACCUGCUGCCUUUAUCUCCUGGUUUGUUGCGUCGGAUCUGGACUCGGGAUCCCAAACAAAUGCGACGAAGUGAGCAAAGUUUUCCAACUCAAGCAAAUUGGACCGGUACAGCUGCUGCCUUCAAGUCCCAGAUCAGGUUCAGACCUUCAGGUUUGCACGACCAAGAACCUGACAUGCUGCACCAAGAAGAUGGAGGAGAAGUACCAGGUGGCGGCCCGGAGAGACGUCCAGAACCUCCUGCAGGCGUCCAGCUCCAGCCUCAAGCUGCUCAUAUCGCGCAACGUGGCCGCGUUUCAAGAUGCGUUCGAGGCUCUGAUGAGGCAGGCGGAGAAUCACACCAACGCCGUCCUCCAGGAGUCCUUCCGCCACAUGGCUGAUCAGGCCAUGGGCGCCGUGCGGGAGCUCUUCACCGACAUCGGCCUCUUCCUGCUGGGCUCCGAGCUCAGCGUUGAUGAACUGGUGCAGCGGUUCUUCGACGCCCUCUUCCCAGUGGUCUACGGUCACCUCAUCAACCCGGGCCGCGGCGACAUGUCGCCGGGCUACGGCGAGUGCGUGAGGUCGUCGAGCCGCGACGUGAGGCCGUUCGGCGGGGCGCCCGGCCUCCUGGCCGAUCAGAUCGCUCGCUCCGGCGUCUCCGGGAAGCUCCUGCUUCAAGCGCUGAACCUCGGCAUCGAGGUCAUCAAUACCACGGACCACUUACAGCUGAGCCGCGAGUGCAGGCGGGCCCUCCUCAAGAUGCAGUACUGUCCUCACUGCCAGGGCUUAACCCAGGCCAAGCCCUGCAUGGGCUACUGCCUCAACGUGAAGCGGGGGUGCUUGGCGAGCAUGGCGGAGAUCGACCCCCACUGGAGGGAAUUCGUGCACUCGCUGGAGGGUCUGUCGGAGAGGAUGCGCGGGCCUCAGGAUCUCGAGCAGGUCCUCCUGGGAGUCCAUGCGCUGGUUCGCGAGGCCAUCGGACACGCUCAGAAACACGGACCCCGCCUCUCAGCACAGGUGCACAAACUGUGCGGCUCACCAAGCUGGAAGCCGGCGGAGUCAGUCAGCAUCCAGCACAGCAGCAGAGAGUCUAUCCCUCUUAAAGCUCCUGUCAGAGUGUUGGGAGACUCGUUCGCCACCAGGAGAAGGGAGUUUCUCGGCAGUCUGCGGCUGUACCGGACGUAUUACGGCGGCCUGGCGGAUCAGCUGUGUGUGAAUGACCUUGCAUCCAGCGACGGGAUGUCCUGCUGGAACGGAACCAGUAUUGUGAAAAGCUACACCCUCCGCGUGGUCGGCAAUGGGAUCAAAGCUCAGAGCACCAACCCCGAAGUCAAAGUGAAGGAAGCCGACCCGGUUACAAACCAGAUCAUUGACAAACUGAAACACAUCAAUCAGCUGUUGCAAGGAAAAUCCAUCCCCAAAUUGGGCUCGCUGGACCAGAUCGAAACGGGAAGCGGGGACGGGGAGGGACGCUACAGCGGGGACUGCGACGAUGAGGACGGAUGCGUCGGCUCAGGCGGGGGCGAGGUGAAGAGGAAAGUCUCCAGAGUCUCCAAGCCGGGUCCAGAUGUGGCCGGUGAUCACAAACAUCAUCAUCAUUAUCAUCAUCCACCUGUCAAGGAUUCGGAAAUAAAGGGCAGAUCCGGGAGCCUCGGACCGACGGGAGCCACCUGGGUCCUGGUGCUGCCUUGUUUACAUAUGCUCCUGGCCUUGUAACAGCUGCCUUCUUGCAGCGUGAAACUUUUAGACUUGAUUUCAAGGUUAUUUAUGCAGAAAUUAAAGGGCCAGCGGACGAGAACAAGCUACGGACUGUCACGGACCCCCCCCACUUCCACGCUGUGCACGGAGCAAACACUUAACGGUGGCGUGGAAUUUAUAAGACUGUAUGGAUUUGGAAAGAUGAAAUUGAUUAUUUUUUAUCUGUUACCGCAAAUUCAUUAACACUAACAAUGACUUAUUUAUAACAGGUGAUGUAUAAAAAAAAAAAAAAAGGCAAGAGUAAAUGUUUGGUAUUAAUUCAAUUGUAUCGCAUUCAGUUUAUAUCUGUAUUUGUAUAUGUAAGGAUUCAUUUGUUUAUCACAUUAUUCAUUACAGGCAGUAAAUCAUCUCCACGGCUCUUGCAGUUGCGAUAUUUGUGGCCUUAUAUCUUUUCAAAACAGCGUUGACGUUUAUUAAUCAUUUAUUUAUACAGAAGUGCUUCAGAUUGUGCGUUCAGAUCAGUGCAGGUAUUGCAGGUAUCCACUGUAUGUUGUACAUUUUGCUAAUAACAAAAAAAGAACUAGAAACAUCUGCUUCUCUCUUCAGUUGUAACACCUGCCUCGCUGUCCAGAAUGUACUUAAUUGGUAUAUUUAAAUUGUUAAACUGCCCUGUAAUGGUACUGCUGAGAGUACUAGUGAAAGCAGAGGGGCUGGCAGGUGGAAGUGGGACAGGCGGGGGGGCAAGUGAGUGGAUUAAUACUCCUUUCUUCUUUAGAAAUAGAUUAGUUUCCUCAGGAGUCCAUUAUCAUCUUUCAAACUCAAUCCUCCUCGGCCUUCGCAGGCUUGGAUAAGGGGCUGAUAGCUCCCGGAGCCACUGGUGAGGAAGAAUCCAAUUGCUUCCUCUUGCUACCUGACUGCAUGCUCCUGGCGUGUUGCUGACAGGCUUCCGUACAGAGAAAAGUCAAAUUAUUUGUUUCACAUAUGCCAUGCCUGUCUGGUCAGAGGCUGAGCGAGAAAAGUACUCGCGCUACUGAAAAUUGGUUCUCUGGCUCACAUGUAGGGGGGAACGAUUUGUGGGAAGAAAGAUUUUUUUUUCAGAUGAUACCAGAGCAGAAAUUGUGACUGCUUAUAUUCAGCAUACAGACAUACAGUUCAGUGCUAUUAAACAUUAAUACAGUUUUUUUGUUGUUGUUUUUACUAUUUGCUAAAAAAAAAAACAUGUCAAAGUUACAGCUGUGAAACGAACCUGGGCUCAGGGUGCUGUUUUAAUUAGAGGGUAUUCACAUCCAAACCGGAGGAAAGGCGUUGGAGCUCUCCUCAUUUUUUUCAAGGGAACAAAAGUGCAGGACUAAAUGGAACCAUUCACAGGCCUCAAGAAUAGAAAAACCGGAUUAGACCUUGUCAAAGUGCUGAUUAAACACCUAAAAAAAAAAAAA